UAAUGCGCCAAUCCGUUGAUUUGAGCAGCAUCAGGAACAGCUGCAGUUCAGUGAGCAGAGAGGAGGAGACCGAGCAGACCGUCAUGUGUCAUGGAGAGUGUGCGGGUGCUGGAGCUGUACAGUGGGAUCGGAGGGAUGCAUUAUGCCUUGAAGGAGAGUGGCGUACCCGGGCAGGUAGUGGCUGCUGUCGACAUAAACACCACAACCAAUCAGAUCUACAGGCACAAUUUCCCUGACACCCCGCUGUGGAACAAGACCAUUGAGGGCAUAACACUAGAUGACUUCAAUAAAUUAUCUUUCGACAUGAUUUUGAUGAGCCCUCCUUGUCAGCCUUUCACCAGGAUUGGUCUUCAGGGCGACAUUCAGGACCCCAGAACCAAGAGCCUCCUCUACAUCCUCGAUCUGCUGCCAAGGCUGUCCAGGCUUCCCCGCUUCAUCCUGCUGGAGAAUGUGAAAGGCUUUGAGACCUCCUCUGCCAGGGAACUUUUGGUGAAAACACUGACGGAGUGCGGAUAUACUUUCCAGGAGAUCAUGGUCUCACCCACAAGUGUUGGGAUCCCAAAUUCAAGACUACGUUAUUUCCUGAUUGCCAAGACUGCAACGGAAACCUUAAGCACCCAGACAAAGAUUUCAGAAGCCUUCCCACAUCUUGCUAAGGGUGAUUCCUCCGAGCUGCCCCCGGUCUUGGGUCCUACCCACCCAGGUGCCUGCCGGCCAGAAGAGGACGUGCAGCAGGGUCCCGUCCUGUAUAAACUCGAGACGGCAACCGAUGCCCAGAGGAAGAUGAAUCAGAACAACGAUCUGUCCGUCAGGCAGAUCCAAGACUUCCUGGAACCACAGAUGGAAGAAGAAAACUCGGAGCGUUAUCUCCUUCCUCCGAAAACACUGCUGCGAUAUGCCGUGCUCUUGGACAUUGUUCAGCCCACAUGCAGGAGAUCCGUCUGCUUUACCAAAGGCUAUGGACGAUACGUGGAGGGAACUGGCUCAGUUCUGCAGGGCUGUAUGGAAACAGAGAUGGAGAGUGUGUUCACUGGUCUGGAUCAGUGCUCUGAAGAAGAAAAACUGGAGCGGCUACGGAAACUGAAGCUGCGAUAUUUUACUCCUCGAGAAGUUGCCAACCUCAUGGGUUUCCCUCAGAGCUUCUCCUUUCCAGAGCAGAUCUCCACCAGGCAGCAGUACAAAGCUCUGGGGAACAGCCUGAAUGUCGAGGUGGUGGCCAGACUCUUACGACUGCUGCUCUUCUAGAAGAAGAGCACUUUAUUUUGUCAUUGUUGAUUAUAUAUAUUUAUAUAUGUAUAGUCUAGUUAUUGCCAGACUUGUGUACUGAUGAAAUGUUGGUCAAAAAUACUUCAGUGAAGUAUUCUAUUGACAGUAAAACUGCACAUUUUCGCUUGGAACUCAUAUAUAUUUGUUUUCUACUUUUUUCUUAUACACAAAAUAAAAACAAACAACACAUGAAACACAUUA